AUGAGCGCACGAACACGACGACAAAAGGCCGCUCUCAAAGAGGAGAGCGAAGACUCACCUAGCGGAAAUAGCUCGGUGUCAACACCAUCCAAGCGCACACCAUCUAAGAAGAGAUCCAAGUCCGCCGCGCGGGAGGAGCCCAGGGAGAACAUCUUCCUCUUUGCCCCCAACAUCAUCGGAUACUCCCGAGUCGUCCUGACCUUCGCCUCUCUAUACUACAUGCCGCUCCAUCCCCGGACAUGUUCCUUCCUCUACACCGUGUCAUGCCUGCUCGACGCUUUAGAUGGCUACGCAGCGCGUUAUUUCAACCAAUCCACCACCUUCGGUGCUGUCUUGGACAUGGUGACUGACCGCUGCACAACCGCUUGUCUGCUGGUCUUCCUGAGCUCCGCCUGGCCCCGUUGGGCAAUCAUCUUCCAGGCCCUGAUCUGCCUCGACAUGGCCAGUCACUACAUGCACAUGUACGCGACUCUCAGCAUGGGCGGAUCCGACCAGAGCCACAAGAAGGUCGACUCCAGCCGCAGCUGGAUUCUCUACCAGUACUACAACAGCAAGACCGUCCUGUUCAUCUGCUGCGCUCUCAACGAGGCCUUCUUCAUCGGCCUCUACCUUCUCUCCUUCUCCUCGCCUAUUCUGUCUCCCUCGCUCCUGCAGCCUGUCCCCGAGGCUCAGGCCUCCUCCGCUCAGCCUGGAAACCCUGCUCACCCGGAGCCUGCCAGUCUCUUCGCCAGCCCAUGGAGCGCUGGUGCCCUUGAGAUGGCCCGUGCCAACAAGCUUGAGAGCACCUGGCCCUGGAUCAUCACUGGCAUCUCGCUCCCCGUUAUGGCUUUCAAGCAGUUUGUCAACGUGGUGCAGAUGGUCAAUGCUGCCCGCUGGAUGGCUGAGGGUGACCUCCAAGCCCGCCGGGCCAACCGCAAGAAAUGA